GAAGACGGGAGAAGAAGAAACGUCAGAGAUUCAACAUGGCGCGGGAAACCCGGGAAGAAAAUGAAAUGGAUGUAGGCGGAAAGCUCGAUGCAGAGAUGGACAGUCUUUCUCCGUCAUAUUUAAAACUGUACGAAGCACAGUUUUUCGGUUUUACUCCCCAGACCUGCAUGUUACGGGUCUACAGCGCCUUUCAGGACUGCCUGUAUGACAUUUUACCCGUGGUGGAGAAGGUCUGUGUAAGGCAGCUGAGUAGGGGCGAGUCGGAAGGGGCCGACGAGCUGCUCCGGGCCCGGGCCCGGGAGUGCAGCCGGAAGCUACAACAGUUCCUCGAAGAGCGGUUCAAGCAGCUGGCGGAGCGGAUGGAGGCCCUGUUGGUCAACCGCUGCUUCUCCGUGCCGCCAAAUGUCCUGCUGCCCGACGACCAGUCACACAAAAACUACCCCCAAGACUUACAGGAGGUGCUGAAGCUGGAGUCGUCCCUGGCAGACCUCCAGAGAACCUAUGAAGCAGAGGUUUGUGCCAGACAGGCCCUGCUAGCCGAACUGGAGGAGCAGAAGGAGGUGCAGAAGCAGCUGGAUGGGAUCCUGACGUGGGUCAGGGAGCUGCAGGCGGCCUGGGUGAAAGAAGGUAACGGCAACUUCCAUGAAAGUUUCCGACUGGCGAUGGAGUCAGUAAAGAAACUGCAGGAGGCCGUCGGAGAGGUCUCCAACAAAGUGCCUCACUGAACUGAUGUUGUGGAAAUUCUGCAAUAAAGUGAAUUCGCAAAUAGCUAGUGUUUCAAAGAGUGAGUAUUUAUUACAAUCUCUUUUUUGGGGGUAAUUUGCCUUUAUUACGGUGAGACAGACAGGAAAGGUGGGGAGAGAGAGGAGGGACGACAUGCAGCAAAGGGCCACAGGUUGGACAUGAAGACUAAAACGUGCUUUUUAUUGGCUGUAUGACUAUCUAUCUUAAUUUAAUCCCAAUAAAGCUGAGUAACCUAAAGACACAACAGCAGCAUCAGCGAACAGUAGUCAGAUUUAACCUAUCUACAGUAAUGUAAUGUAAAUAAUGAAGCAGAUCGAUGUGGUUCUGUGUCAGUUUAACUGAUUUAUUUGUAAUACUUUUUGUCAUGCACCUCCUCUUACCCUCACCUUUACUGCCCUGGACACAGUGUGAACUCUCUACAGCAGUAAUGUAGUUCAGCACCACAAUCUGUAGCCUCAAAAACUCAUUGUUUUUGUAACUUAAAGGUGGUGGUAUUUGUUUCAUUGUCAUUUCACUGGACUGCAUUAGGUUGUAGUGGUGUUCAUGAUAUUGUGUCCACCCCCUCAAGAGGAAGAGUUUUAAGAUACAGUGAUUCACAGCAGGUGGCGCUCUGUGCAUGUUGAUGGCACUCACCCAGUCUAAUCUAUCCACACUGUGGUAUAGUUUUACUUUAUGUUGAAAUGAUGGAUGCUUCAUAUUCAAUAUCUGAAUGAGCUGAAACACAAGUUACAUUUUAUUUAUAAAAUUUAAAGUGGGAGACAUUGGUUGAACAAUUUCAUUUACAAUUCUGGAAAAACAUACUGUUAAAAGUUGCCUAAUUAUUUAUAAUAAUUUCACCAGUUAUUUAGAAUUAUUAUGAAAACAUUGACUAUCUCAGUGCACAAACUGUGUGGGACUAUGCACUGUGCAAGAUCAAUUUGGGGUUUUAUUAAUAAGAAAGAUCACUAUAACAGUUUAUACAGCAUAAUUAGGCAUAGAAAUGGACAACUAACAAAACUAGUCAAUCAACUGAUAAGUCAAGUACAACAAUUGAUCAUUUCUGUUAAUUAAAAAAAGACAGCCAUUUGAUGGUUCCAGCUUCUCUGACGUGAGUGUUUGAUGAUUUCUUUGACAUGCAGGAUAUUGUAGUAAACCGAAUAUCUUUGGGUUUUGCACUGUUGGUCUGACAAAACAAGAUAUUUGAAGACGUUAACUUGAGCUGUCGGAUAUUGUAACUGACUUUUAUAUUUUCUGACACUUUUAUAGACAAAACUACUGUUAGUUGAGAAAGUAAAUGACGGAUGAAUCAACUAAAUGAUGAUUAGUUGCAGAUCUGCUUGACACCCUCGCUAAAUAUGGCAUGCAUUACCAGAUAGUGAAUAUGUAAUAUUCAGUAUUUUUAAUUGGCAUAAUUAUCUUUUGUUCAUUGUGUAUGAAAUGUGCCAGUUAAAAACUGACCAGAGAUGCUUUGUAACCAGUAGGGGGCAGCAACUGCAUAUCAUACUCAUUUAAUGUAUCAUAUGCAGUAGUAUUCAUACUUUGUAUUUGACUCAGUGACACACUGUAAAUAUGUUUUUCUUCCACUAAUGAUGAAAUUAAUGCAUCUGUGCUUCUGGAUUUUCAGAGCUACAUGAAUUAGACCACUGGGGGCACUACUGUUUUUUUUUUUAAAUAAAUCUUUUUAAAAAUAAUUCUUCUGUCUUCUGCGAUAUGAUGCAUUGCACAACUUCAACCCAACAUUAAUACGAAUACUACAGGGCAACUGCAGCAGAAUUACAGGGUGGAGUAAUAAUUGCCAGGCAACGUCUCCAGACUUAAUAAUAAUUUGUGAAAACUUUUGACUGGUAGGCAUUUUUUUAGUCAUGAGGCUCAGAUCUAGGGUUAGGCUGGGCAUAAUCAUUUAAAGUAGGGAAAUUAAUUUUAAUGGUGGGGAAUUGAAGGACACUGCUGUAACUGCCUCUGA